UUUCUAGUUACGCCAAUCGGUUAUAUUCCGUUACCUUUCCCUUCCCUUCUUUCCAGUAGUUUCCACCUUUCCCGCAUCUUCCGCCGUGGGGAAGGGAGCAAUCGGCAAGCCAAUCCAAUCCGGUUGCUUCUCCUCCAAUCCAACCUCGUCGGCGGCGGCGGCGACCCGCGCCGCGCAGGCUGUUGAGUUAUCACGUAUUUGAUUAUGGAUCUGCCAUUGAUGGCUGCUAAAGCCUAUAAGUACAAAGCAGAACUACUUGUUAAGGACUACCUGCUAGCAGAUUCGUAUGUUCCAUACGCUUCUGUGCUUGGCGGAAUUCUGAUGUGCAAGUUGUCAUAUGAUUUCACACGCUUUAUCAGUUCAUUCUACUUCAAAGGCUAUGGUUCUCUCACAAAGAUGCAAAAGGUUGAAUGGAAUAACAGGGGCAUGUCCACCGUCCAUGCAAUAUUCAUUACACUUAUGUCAGCAUACUUAGUCUUCUUCUCGGGUUUAUUCUCUGACCAGCAGGAUGGACCAGUAACAUUUAGAAGUUCGAGCCUCUCCAAUUUCACGCUAGGGGUCUCAGUUGGGUAUUUCAUUGCGGACCUUGCCAUGAUACUAUGGUUUUACCCUUCACUCGGUGGAAUGGAGUAUCUUGUCCACCAUGUAUUGUCACUUACUGCUGUAACGUAUACUAUGCUUUCUGGGGAAGGACAGUUAUACACAUACAUGAGUCUCAUCUCAGAGACUACUACACCUGGAAUCAACCUAAGAUGGUUCCUUGAUGUUGCUGGAAUGAAAAGAUCCAAAAGAUACGUUGUUAAUGGAGUUGCAAUGUUUCUUACUUGGCUGGUUGCAAGGAUAAUUUUGUUCAUGUACUUGUUUUAUCAGAUCUUUUUACAUUAUGAUCAGAUUAAGCAGAUGGAGACCUUUGGUUAUCUUCUGGUUUGUGUUGUGCCUGCCAUACUGUUCGUGAUGAAUAUGAUAUGGUUUUCCAAGAUCUUAAGGGGCCUCAAGAAGACACUGGCCAAGAGGCAUUGAGUGGGGCAAGGGGUAUGCAUGUACAGCCACGACAAACCACCUAUCUGUAAAUUCACUCAGCAGGCCAGCAGCCUAUAGCUUCUCAUUAGUCACGAUGGCUAAUCCUGGUAAUAUCAGCUUGGCCAUUAAGAUCCAGAUUUAUGAUUGAAUGCCCAGCUUUUUAUGCAUGGAUGAUAUAUUAAUUUGUAUAUAUGUUCCGCUAUGGCUGUAUGUUCUUAAUACCCAUCUUCUUUUUCUCGGUAUAAAUGAUUAUAUCUUAGUUUUAACUUAAACAACUAUUUGCCCCAAUUUCAGUCACAUUGUCAACACAUUGCUGUAAUUUGCCAUCAGCUUUGGCCAUCAUUCCCAAGAAUAGUUUGAUCAUCAA